CAUAUGGAGAAGCCAGAACAUGAAGACAUCUGUGAAGACCAUCCAUACUCCUGUCCUUAUCCUGGUGCCUCUUGUAAAUGGCAGGGCUCACUGGAAGCCAUUCCGUCCCACCUCAUGCAUACAUCACUAAGGAGUGACAUCGAAAGAGAAGGAGAAGACAUCAUGUUCUUUGCCACAGACAUUAAUUUGCCCCAGGGUUAUCAAUUGGUGAUGAUGCAGUACUGCUUUGGCCAUUACUUCAUGGUGGUGCUGAAGAAACAAGAGAAGUAUGAUGGCCACCAACAAUUCUUUGCCAUUCUGCUCAUUGGGACCCAGAAGCAAGCAGAGAACUUUGCUUAUAACCUGGAACUGAAUGGCAACCAGCAGAGACUGACCUGUGAACCCAAGCCCUAUUCCAUCCAUGAUGGGGUGGCUGCUGCCAUCCUGAGCAGCAACUGCCUUGUUUUUGAUACAGCCACAGCACAUCUCUUUGCUGAUAAUGGGAACCUCGGAAUUCAGGGUUCUCCACUCUUCUGUGGCCACAAGCUCUGGUGUGCUAGUGCGCCUCCUUUCCCUGAGACUAUGAGCCAAGAGUGGGAACCAGAUGCAAGUAUGGGCAAUGCAACAGAGUCUUGCUUCCAGUACCAGAAAAAGGACCUCUGUAAUAUCCUUCUGACCAGCUAUCUGAUCCCUCUUAGUGUCUGUGGGCUGAGAGCUCUAGAAGAAGCUGCUGUUGCUGCUGCCCUGAUUCAGUUGUCCCCAGACCCUGCUGCUGAUUUUCUGGAGUGCAGCCUGUGCUGGACUACAUUCCAUUCUCACUCUGCCACUGCAACCUCCACCCUCAUCAUCAUCACCAUCGCCACCAUCACUGCCGCCACCACCAUCUUGAGGCAGGUUUCAUUGAAUCCCAAUGAAACCAAGGCCAUCAACCUACCUGGGGCCCAUCUGGCCUCAAAUAAGAAGAAUUUUCCCGACUCUACCAUGGUUCUGCCCAGCCAAUCACAGUGUGGAAACCGGAGGAACUUCAGAUAA